CCUAAAAAAUCGCAAGUUGCGUUAAUGUGUUAAAGAAAUGAGUGGCGUUAAAACAAAUUUGCGUCAUUAUUGCGUUAACUUUGACGGGUAUCGUAGCCAACAGGUAGUGCCAGUUUUUUUUUUUUUUUUAAAACAGCUGCCUGCUGCUGCUGGAAACACACAAAGUAUUUUUCUGCAUUAUGUCGUGUUGUGAUUGCUCUUUAAAAUGUAUGAAAUGCUGCUUCCCUGUGAUCCCACUGUGACCCAGUGUAGUAACAGAGCCCCCAACCUAGAGGCAACCUGUGAAACCUCCACAAGUAGGAAUACGGCAUGCAAUAAAAACUGCAAAUGAUGCAGUGAGCGACACCACUUGUGAAUUAAGUGACAGUGUUCCAGCGGGUGUCCUUGGAGAUGUCAAGGUGCGCGAACCGAACAGCAGUUCCUGUCAAACCUCUCUACAGGAGGUGACACUCUGCUGAUGGAGAGAAUCUGGCCUCUCCGGAGGAGCGGCAACAGCUCCUUUAAAAAAAGAGGAGGAGGGGGUAAGAAAAAAAAGAAAACAAAGCACUGCACCACAGAAACCUCAGAGUCAUUUUGUAAUCCUUCGGGAGGCAAUCUCUCCUGCACUCCACCCCGCUAUUGCUCGCUCUCUGACUCUGCACUGAGAGCGAAGGCUCCAUCUAUCUCAGCUUUCAUCUGGGCCAAGUGUCGCUAUGCAGCAACUGAACUCUGGUAGGUAAGUGACCUGACGACUGACCAGAAACAAGCAGAAGGCGCCUUGGCUUCCCCUGCUGUCGGUCAAUACACACAACGAGGGGAACAAAGAGGCUUUCACCUCACCAACAUAAAAGGGGGCUACCCUAUAAAACAGCUUUGAAGUUCACAUUUACAUUGCUGCUCAUGCAAGUCUCCAGGAGAACACUUCAUGUCUGGUAUUAGAGUAUCUGUAGCCGAGACAAACAAAUGUGUGACAAACAGCACUGAGUUCCCUGAGGGGAAACCCUGUGCUGGGGUUGCAAAUGUCAUUAGAUCUUGUUGCCUAGCAUCUCUGCUAAUCUGUACUUUUGUGUAAGACCCGCCCUCUCCUAUCGACGCCACACAGACAUGAACACACUGCAGAGAGUACUGGACAGAGAGAGAGAAGACGCUUAGUUUCGACAUAGCUGCCGAUCUAAUCCAGCCCUGCAGUUGGUAUCGACCUCUCAGCCCGCUGCGGUGUGCCGUCCAAGCAUGUCUACAGAGUUGGAGCUGCCCUUCCGGCCGGACACUCAGCUGACGGAGGUGAUGCGCCUGCGGGUUCAGUCUCUGCAGCAGCGAGGCCAGAAGAGGCAGGACGGCGAGCGCCUGUUGCUGCCCAACGAGGCCGUGUACCGACUGGACUUCUCCAAACAGUCCCUCAGGUUCUCACAGUGGACGGUGCGGCUGCCCCAGACGGGCCGCCUCACCGUCACGGCCACCUCGCAGCUCUGGACGCCCGACCUCACCCACCUGAUGACGCGUCAGCUGCUGGAGCCCGUCGGGACUUUCUGGAGAGAGCCGGGCGACGCCGUCGACGCGCCCGUCCAGUGCUACGAGGCCGACGCGCACGAGUUUGGCGAGAGGAUCGCAGAAAUGGCUAAGGUGAGGAAGGUGAUGUACUUCCUUCUUGCGUUUGCAGAUGGCUGCAGCUCUGAGACUGUCGACUGCUCCAUCGUCUUCAAAGUGGAUUGUUAAAACUAAAAACUCUUCUUCUGUGCUUGUAGUUGAGGUAGUUACUUUUAAGUGCAUUUUUUUUGUACGGAUGGCUCCCUCUGUGAUCGAGAAAGCCUUCAAUACCACAUCAUCUGACAACCUGUAAUGACUUCUCCUCCUCCUUCUGCAACAUUUACAAAAACAAUAUAACUUCUGUUACUGAACCUGUUGGUCAUAAAAGGGUGCUUCUUUGUAUCUUUGUAUCCUAUGAUGUUUAAUACAAAUAAACCCAAUGAAUCAAACAGGUGUAUCUGCGUUUUCUUAACCAACGUCUGAACACAGAUCGUUCUCUGGACUUGUGUGUUGAGCAUAAAUGUUAUUCCCCCUCUCCUCCUCGAUGACAAACAGCCAGCCCUGACGGGUUUGGUAGAAACGAGUCCCAUGUGAGAUAAUGGAUAGAGACAAGUGUGCAUGUGCUUGAGUAUAUUCCCCAGUGGACGGAGGGGGGAGGAACAGGUUCCUGCUGCCUCAUCCGUCUCCGUCUUGCAUGGUGACCCUGACAAACAAGAGCGAGGGGAGGCAUGUGGAUUUCAUCUCCCUGCUUUACGCUCCAACGGGGGGAUGAAACAGUAACUGUGACUGUGUGAACGAGAAGCCGCGUGUCAGAUGAGGUGUGAGAGAAAAGAAAACAACUGAGAUGUCAGGAGGUGUUAGACUCGCUUCUCGUUGGUAGAAAGCAUGUAACUAACUUGCCACCUGAACCGUCAAAACCAAAGGCGAACGCUUGCACAUUCUCAGGAGUCUCCAUUACAUCGAUCUCGCCUCUGCAGCCUUGAAUUCAUAAAUAUAAAUUAUUAUUCAGUGUCCUCGUUGGUGUGUGUCCUUUUGCUCACUCGUACCUGUCGCUAUUUGACAGGAGAGUUAAACAAAUGGACAAGCUUUGGGGGGGAAUUAGCCCAUCUUAUUAUUAAAUGAUAGUAAAGAAAUAUACUUAAUAUUUAAACAUAUACUGCAUUGAGUGAUUAAAAGGAUCUAAGAAAUGCAAAAUCAGACGUUACAACAGCUCCAGAGCUACAUGAAAGGCACUUUUUUGUAGGUAAUUAACAUGUUCAAAAGCAACACAAAAUAACAAUGUUUUGAAGUACCAGCACUCAGGUCUCACAGGGGAACAGUACCGGCUCCUGUGAGAGUUGGACUAUUACUUGUUUUGCUUUCAUAGGAAGUAAAGCUGGUGGCAAACAACACAGGAGACUGUGAACAGAUGAAUAAUCGCUGCACAAAGGAUGCUUUAACAAACAGAAUUACACUAUUGUUCAGAUCUGACAAACUGACUUCAG